UCAGAAACCAGUUCGUUUACUCUCGUUCUCAACGCGUGUUGACCUACACGCGACAUCGAUAUAAAUAUCAUGGAAGUACACGAUAUCAUCACAAACAAGCGUCGCUUGUUACAGUCAACACAAGUUCACGUAGCGGCCAGCGAUUAGCUAGUCACAAUGGCUGCUUUUAUGAAACUGACAUGUUUAUCCAUCCUAUUGAGCAGCACCUACGCCGGCUACCUCCACGGUCACCAUCACGGUGACCAUUCAUCGGGUGGAUACCCCUCACAUUCAUCAUCCAGCUUCUCCCCCAGCAGUUUUCCUGCUGGAUCACUACCCUCUGCGACUUAUUCUGGAUCAGGAUUAGGCCACGGUGGCUACUCUCAUGGUGGCAGCAUCCUUGACACCUCAUUGUCUGGUCCCUCUAUCAGCGGUGGUCACGGAUUGAACCUUGGUUCCGGAUUGAGUAGCCAUGGACUAGGUGGUUCCGGAUUGGGUGGUCAUGGAUUUGGCAGUGGUUCCGGAUUGGGUGGACCCAGCUACAGCAGUGGAUCUUUAAUUGGAUCACCGAGCAUCGGUAGUGGACCUGGAAUCAGUGGACCCGGAAUCAGUGGACCCGGUUUUGACGGUGGUUCUGGACUCAGCGGUGCUGGCCUUGGUGGACCCGCUCUCGGUGGAUCUGGACUCGGAGGAUCUGGAUUGACUGUUCCCGGAGGUGAUGCUCCACCCCCAGGUGCCAAGGCCCCUGUUAUUGAAGAGAUCCAUGGUCUUGCUAAUGGUAACGGUGCUCCUACUCAGUACCGCAUCCGUGAGGAACCUUACCAAGUCUUCAGGGAAGUUACCCACAGAGUGCCCCAGCCUGUGCCCUACCCCGUACCCCAGAGAGUCGAGGUCCCAGUACCCCAGCCCUACCCCGUUCAAGUGCCAGUCGUCAAGAACGUACCAGUACCAGUUGUGAAGAUCCAGCAAGUUAAGGUCGACAAGCCAGUGCCCUACCCCGUCGAGAAGAUCGUGAAGGUCCCAUACGAGAAGAUUGUGAAAGUACACGUAGACAACCCCGUGCCCGUUGAGAAGAUUGUUGAAGUUCCAGUCGUGAAGCUGGUCAAGGUGCCCGUGCCAGUUGUGAAGGAGUACGCCGUCCCAGUCGUGAAGACUGUCCACCACAAGGCUCACAGCCACGGCCACAGCAGCCACGGUCACGGCCACGGUUGGUCCAGCUGGUAAUUCUGGAUAACCAAAGAAAUACAUUGUACAUAGUCUAAUCGUCACAAGCCUAGUCCGGUCUUUUGUAAAUAUAGAUCGCUUCAUAGCUCAUCGUGAGGCUGCAAUCUAGGGUGAUAACUAAGUCAUUAAUUUAGGUGAAUAUACUAACUGUAUGUUCUUAUAAUGUUUGCUGUAAAUAGUAACGUUAUGCUUUAUAACUUUAAAUAAAACAAAAUAUCCAAAGAA